AACUUCAAAUCACAGUAACCAACAUUCCUAGCUAGCUACAUCUUCUAGCAAGCAGCUAGCUUAUAAUCUUAUAUCCAAAUCCAAUUAAACAUAUACAAUAUGACAGUCCAAAAGGUGGUCUCAGUGUUUGUUAUUUUGGGAACGUUGUUUGCUAUGGCAAAUGCACAAGGGUUGAAGCUUAAUUUUUACAAAUCUUCCUGCCCGAAAGCAGAGGAAAUCAUUAAAAGAGUAACUGAGCAAUAUGUUAGUCAUGUUCCUAACUUUGCUGCUGGUUUGAUUCGGAUGAACUUCCACGAUUGUGCUGUUAGGGGUUGUGAUGCAUCUGUGCUAGUAGAACCAACCGCCUCCAACAACCAAACAGAGAAGACUGGGGUUCCUAACACAACACUUAGAGGAUUUGAAGUCAUUAACGCAAUCAAGUCCGCUGUAGAAAAGGAGUGCCCUGGUGUUGUUUCUUGUGCUGAUAUUUUAGCUUUGGCUUCACGAGAUGCAAUUGUAACGAUAGACGGACCAUGGUGGGAGGUACAAACUGGUCGAAGGGAUGGGAAAGUAUCACUGGCUUCAGAAGCCAAUGCUCUUAUUCCAUCACCAUUUAGUGACGUUAAUACCCUUAAACAAAACUUUGCAGCAUUAGGUCUUUCUGCUAAGGAUUUGGUGGUCUUAUCAGGUGCUCACACCAUUGGAAUUGGACACUGUUUUGUGAUCCGUAAUCGUUUGUAUAACUUCACCAGAGUUGGUGACACCGAUCCUACACUAUCACCCCGCUACGCCCAACAUUUGAAAUCCAGGUGCCCACCAACACCAACUGACGUUACAUCUUUUGUGGCUAUGGAUCACAUUACCCCUAAGGUUUUCGAUGAAAAAUACUACACCAUGAUUACUCAAAAUAGGGGACUUUUCACAUCAGAUGCUACACUUUUAGAUGAUAAUGAAACUAGAAAUUAUGUGCUCACUCAAGUCCAAACCAUGGGAUCGACUUUUGCCAAGGAUUUCGCGGUAUCUAUGACCAAAAUGAUUAACAUUGGUGUGCUUACCGGAACCCAGGGAGAAAUCAGGAACACUUGUGGCGCUGUUAAUUCUUAGAUUCCCAACUUAUAUAUUUGGGUUUUUGACUUUUGAGGGUCGCUCCUACUUUAUUAUAUUCCUUUUUAAUAAGUUCAUCUCUUUUGUUCACAGAGCUAAUCUAUUACAUUUCUCUUGCAUUAUGUCUGAAACAAGAGAAAUUGGCCUCACAAUGUUUUUAAUUCAAACAUGCAUGUAUCUCCAUCCAUUUUUGGAAGAAUAAAUUCUUAAUGCAUGUAGUGCCAUAAUAAUAUCAUUUUUUGAAUGGUUAAUUUUUGUCGUAAC